UGGAUAAUUGUGCGUGAUGUCACCUGAUAAAUGCUGAUUGCUGAAGAACAAAAGGUGGCACCUGCAAUUAAUUCUGCAUCAUGUCAUCUAUGACGAUUGCUGGAAAAUAUGUCUUGCAGAUCAGAAACCCAAAGGAGCAGAAAUAUACGAAGUUACGAACAUACAGACUUGCAGCCACUAAUGAUACUCAGCUACAUGAAGUAGGAGAUCGUCUAUCAUAUCAUCUCUGUUUGUGAUCUGACUUAGCAUCAGAGAAAAUUAAGGUUCUGGUGACUAAGGAAUCUUCCCGAAAUGACCCUGCAACAGGAACAAAGACAUGACAGCAUCUUAACUUAAUUUACUCAAAAAAGCAGCGUGUUACCUUAACAGGACCAUAACGAGAUAUCCUACAAAGAAAGGAGAAAACAAAAAGGAUAUUCCAGAACCAUCUCCUAGCUUCCUACUCCAAGAGGAUAUCGAUCGAUCAGUACGUUUGAGAUAUUUGAGAUGAGCUGAGGCGGCCAUGGAUGGAUCAGCUUGCCGCUGCCGUAUGGUGAUCAACCGCCGGUGAAUCGAUCGAGACAUGAGACGCGCAGCACGGCCGAGGUCACCAUCAGAAGCAGCGCCGUAUCGCCACCAAUACCAUGGUCCCAACAACUAGGAGGAACCUGCCGCGCCAUGACAGCGGCAACAAGAACAACAGCAAGCUUCAGCAGCACUGCUCCCCAUACUACAUCGCCGCCCAGCUGGAGGCUGCAGCCGCGCCCAGCGCCGGCUGCGACCUCAAGCCGUCCAGAAGGUUCCCUCGGCUGCAAGUCAUGGCUGCCGCCGCCGACGACGCCGAGGCUGCGGCCGGCACGAGCUCCCGCAGCUGCGGAGGAGACGGGGGCGGCAAGGACUGGCUCCAGCUGGGCCUCGCCACGGCAAGCUCCUCGGCCUCCACGUCCUCCUCUGCGGCCUCUGCCGGCGGCGACAACGAUGGCCCGGCUCUGGCUCCGGCGCCGGCGGGUGGUCCCAUGGAGCUGGACCAGUUCGCCGGCAACCAGGUCGCGAGAUUGACGACGACGAGGCCGCCGCUGAACGCGCUGCCCAUCAGGAGCUACCACUACCAGUACGGCCAUGGCCGGUACCAUCCGCCGCCGCCACAGUCGGUGAGCGGGUCCAUACCGACAACAGUGCCGUUCUUGCCGUUUGCGAGGCCGCUCAGGAGCUUCUCCGGCGAUCUCGUGAUGAGGGUCGUCGGCCCUCCGCCGCCGAGAGCGGAGGUCGCCGGCUUGUGGCUAACACUCCAGGCAGAUCCCAACCAAAUUAGAGAGCCCAUUUUGCCUCAGAUACCGAAGAGCUACUUAAGAAUCAGGGAUGGCAACAUGAAGGUGGAAGUUGUGAUGAAGUACAUGGCCGACAAGCUAGGACUCACACAAUCUCAUCAGGUGGAGCUGGCAUGCAGAGGGCAUCUCCUCCCUCCGUUCUUGCUCAUGAAAUACGUGAGAGAUUGCAUCUGGUGCGGCGGCGGCUCACCGGCAGCUGUAGAGGAGGAAGAUGAGGAGCUGCCACGUCGGCGCUCACAGUCACCGGCUCCCACUGACCAUGUCAUGACACUCUUUUACAGCACAAAGUGCAGGGACCAUUAAUUGGUUAAUUAGCUGAUCAUUCAAAUCCCUCCCUCUGUGAUUACUCAAUUAAUCAACACAAAGUUCUUUGAUUAUUCCUGACUUCUCCCUUUCUUUCUGUGUCUCUUCUGACCUGCUGUUACUGAUCUGGUUAGCUAACUGAUGCUUAAUUGGUCCGGAUUAAACGGCCAUCUA